AUUUCUUCGUCGAGACAUUUUCAAAUGCUCCCACAAGCUCAGGGAAAUUUCCUAAACGGAAUCCAUCACUUUGAAGAAGAAGAAGAAGAAGAAGAAGAACGAUGUUCUUGAUCAAAAACCUCACACGAAUCUCGUCGACCAAUUCCUCGACCCUGAUAAGAUUCAGAAACACCGGAUCAUUCACUCUCUCCUCCCGUUUCUGCACCGCUCUGCAUCAGCAUCAGCAGAAAGAGACUCAGAUUCAGUCUCCGGAUCCAAAUGGAUUGGAUCGGAGUCGUUACGAAGGUUUGGGACCGACGAGAGAAGGAGAGAAGCCGAGAGUGGUGGUUCUCGGGUCGGGUUGGGCGGGUUGUCGACUGAUGAAAGGGAUCGACACGAGCAUCUACGACGUCGUUUGCGUCUCCCCGAGGAACCACAUGGUCUUCACGCCUCUCCUUGCUUCUACUUGCGUCGGCACUCUCGAAUUCAGGUCCGUCGCUGAGCCAAUCUCUCGAAUCCAACCCGCGAUUUCGCGUGAGCCUGGCUCUUAUUUCUUCCUCGCUAACUGCUCUCGGCUUGAUACUGAUUCUCAUGAGGUUCACUGUGAGACUCUAACUGAUGGCAUGAACACAUUAAAGCCAUGGAAGUUCAAGAUCGCGUACGACAAGCUUGUGGUAGCGUGCGGUGCAGAGGCCUCCACGUUCGGAAUACAGGGAGUUAUAGAAAACGCCAUCUUCCUCCGUGAGGUUCACCAUGCUCAGGAGAUCCGUAGGAAGCUUCUUCUAAACCUGAUGCUCUCUGAUACUCCUGGGAUAUCGAAAGAAGAGAAAAAGAGGCUGUUACAUUGCGUUGUGGUUGGAGGUGGACCUACCGGGGUUGAGUUUAGCGGUGAACUGAGUGACUUUAUCAUGAAAGAUGUUCGUCAACGAUAUGCCCAUGUGAAAGACGACAUUCAUGUUACUUUGAUAGAGGCCAAGGAUAUACUUUCAUCGUUCGAUGAUCGACUCAGACGCUAUGCCAUCAAGCAGUUGAACAAGUCUGGAGUACGGUUUGUGCAUGGAAUUGUGAAAGAUGUAAAGCCUCAGAAGCUAAUACUUGACGAUGGCACAGAAGUUCCUUACGGGCUCUUAGUGUGGUCCACUGGUGUUGGUCCUUCUCCUUUCGUUAGGUCUCUUGAUCUUCCAAAAGCUCCUGGUGGAAGGAUCGGUAUUGACGAAUGGAUGCGUGUACCUUCUGUACAAGACGUGUUUGCCAUCGGUGACUGCAGCGGAUAUCUGGAGACCACCGGAAAACAGACCCUUCCUGCUCUUGCUCAGGUUGCUGAGAGAGAAGGCAAAUACUUGUCGAAUCUACUAAAUGAGAUCGGGAAAGCAAAUGGAGGACGAGCGAACACUGUAAAGGAGAUAGAACUUGGAUUUCCGUUUGUGUACAAGCACCUUGGAAGCAUGGCUACGAUCGGUAGAUACAAAGCCCUAGUCGACCUCCGCGAGAGCAAGGACGCAAAAGGAAUAUCAAUGACUGGUUUCGUAAGCUGGUUCAUAUGGAGGUCGGCUUAUCUGACUCGAGUCAUCAGCUGGAGAAACCGCUUCUAUGUUGCCAUCAAUUGGUUUACCACUUUUGUCUUUGGUCGUGACAUUAGCCGUAUCUGAUCUGUGUUCAACUCCUCCUAAGUGUCAUCAUCUCGUUUUUUUACGGCGUCGUUUUGUGCAGGAGUACAUCAAUAACAUAACCUACCCGAAAAGAGAGAAGGUUUUUAAAUUGCUUGUUUUUGUGGUUGAUGUGAGUGUAUAUAUUUUGACCGUUUUCAGAUUUUGGGGUGUUUGCACGAUUUUUUUUUUUUUUUUAAAUAUGUUUGGGUCGUUGGGAUUUCAGUUGAAGUAAAAGAGAAUCUUUCAGAAGGGAAUAUAAUAGUUAGAACUUAGAACAUUAAGCAUUCUAAAAAAAUAAUAAUAGUCAGUUGGUGUUAUAUUUGGAUUUUGUGGACAGACCCCUGAAAGAGUUAUUUUAAAGUUUC